UUUCUUAACUGCCAGCGACACGCAGUUUGGUUUAGCAUCCAUUCGGUUCCAUCGUUCGAUCUUUAGCUGUGUCGUUCCAGGACUGCUAUGGGUUCGUGAUCAGUUCCUAGACCAUAUCGGGUUCCUUUUUUCGUAUAUUUCAGAGUAAAGGGGGAUCCAAUAAAUUUAGCUGCGUCGUAGCUCUCUACGGCUAGUCCACCAGUGUCCCACGAAUAACACAAUCGUGCAACUCACGGAAAUCAACAAAAAGUAUUUAAAAUUUCUCAUUAGCGAGUUGUUUUGUUCGUUAAAAUAUGUGCGCGUUUUCAAGCGCAAUUUUGACAUUUACCUGUCAACUUCGCAAACCGGUUUGUGCCCGUGCGUGCGCGCCAAAGCAGCAGCAAUAGCAGCAUACAAUCCAUUCGUGUGUAAAGCCUUGAUCUGGAAAGCACGCGGCAAGCGUACAAUACUGCGUAAAAACAGGCCUGUCGGACGAAACAAGGCCACUCCGGUUGAAAAAAUGGCUCCACGCCGUAAACGUGCAGCUGCAGCCAAGUCCACUGAGACAGCGGCCAAGAAAGCCAAGCCAGAGGAAUCUGCUUCGACCCCGGUGGAAGAGUCCCAGGACGGGGCUUACGUCUUCAUCGAACACUGUAAAUCAUGAUCCGUGUUCAAGCGCAAGGCCGCAGAGGUCCACUCGGGACUCUGCGAACUUGCGCCGGAACACAAGUUCCAGCUUGUGUUGAACGAGGAUGGUAAACCGCGCCGCGGAGCAUUCGAGAUUUCCAUCGCCAAGACCAAGGACGGCGAGAAGGUGCUGGUAUGGUCCGGUUUACCCAAGGGACCGCCGAGGAAGGAUAAGUUCCCGGAACCGAAGACCAUCCUGGACGAUGCGCUGAAGGUGCUGAAGAAGUAAGGCACCUGGGAUGUGCCAUUACUGGUAGAUGGGGAGCAGUAUGGGGUACUGCGACAGUGUGCUCACACGCUUUAAUUUCUUCGUAUCGCUAUGCCGCAUGACGAAGCCUGAGCAAGCCCCACGUGGGACUCGAGCCUUUGAAGCUCUGCUGGCGUUUCGGUAGAAUGGUGCAGCACACUGUCGCCUUACCACGCGUACCGCCCCGUUACAGAGUACAAAGUUGCGAAAUAAACUCAGGGUUACGUUUGUGUA